AGCUGGAUAUCAAUAGUCAACGGCCAAAACGUCCCCGAGGUUCAUCAUUCUUCCAGGGCUUAAGCGUGGCUGGACACGUCAACAGAACCGCUGCAACGCCUUCUCCAUCAACGCAACCACCACUCCUCCAACUCCAAAAGAGAUCAGCCCAAUUGCUUUUACUCUCCUGGCUCGUUUGCUCACUCGCCAAGCUUAGAAGCUCCCCUUCAUCGCAAUCGAUCUUCAUUUGAUCCCUCGUUUCCCGAACUUCGAUACCUUCCUUUUCGCGUCAAUAAAAGUCAUAUCCAUUCACCAUGAUCUCCGACGGCGACCUCUACCGCUUGGCCAUGUUCCUUGGCUGCUGCGCCAUGAUGAUGAUCGUACUUUACCACUUCCUCGAAGUCAACGCCCAGGACGAUGGACACAAUGGACAGCCCCCCGUUGCGAAGGCAGCUAAAUCCGGCGCUCCUAGUGGAUCGGGAGAGUCGAAUGGUGCUCAUGGACCGGCCGUUCCAGGCGCUGCGGCUGCAGGUGGCUCGCCAGGGAGUGGUGUUAAGGUGGACAAAUG